CAGGAUCACACAACAAUAAUGAAUGGAAAACGCAGCGUCGCCAAGAAAAGUUGAGCAGCUUGAAGAAGUUACUGUACAAGGACCAAUUUAUCUACCGCUCUGAGGAAGAAGUUGUUUCUCUUUUUUUUUUUAGGAGUGAUGGAUUGGCCGGUUAAAUCUGAUAUUUCGCUUCUGAGAAGAAAGCUGUCUUUUUGUGGGAAGUUUUGAAAAUUGUGUGUGUGGUUUUUUUCCCCCCCACUUUCUUUUUAACGUUAGCUUGAGUAACGGUAAAUGGCACUUUUCGGGACGGCGAUACGAGACUACGCCGUUUUCCGUGAGGCUUUCAUCUCGGGGGUUGAGGAAAAAAGCGGAUUAUGUAGAGAAAAACCCGUCAAGAAAGCUGGAACAUUUGGGAGAAAUAAUUAACCUCACCGUGGAUUAUCACCAGCAGAGAGAUAAUUAAGAAGAAGAAGAAGAAGUUCGGACGUUUCUCUUUGACAGGAGGGUGAAACAUCUCAGCGCCGGGGGGCAAACAAACAAACAAACAAACAAAAAAAAAGAAAAAUGGGUAAUGUGGAAAGUGCUGACGGGCAGUCGGAGAUGAAGCAUCACAUCAUGCCUCUGAAGGUGCCCAUGCCGGACCCCACCGAGCUGGAGGAGAAGUUUGCCAUUGUUUUGAACUCCAUGAAUCUGCCUCCAGACAAAGCUCGGUUGCUAAGGCAGUACGACAACGAGAAGAAGUGGGAUCUGAUCUGCGAUCAGGAGAGGUUUCAAGUGAAGAACCCCCCUCACACCUACAUCCAGAAGCUCAGAGGAUACUUAGACCCAGGAGUCACACGAAAGAAAUUUCGCCGGCGCGUCCAGGAAUCUACAAAAGUCCUGAGAGAGCUGGAGAUAUCGCUGCGGACCAACCACAUCGGGUGGGUCAGGGAGUUCCUCAAUGAGGAGAACAGAGGUCUUGAUAUCCUGGUCGAGUACCUGUCCUUUGCCCAGUGUGCUGUCAUGUUGGAUUUUGAGGGGCUGGAAAAUGGGGAGGAUGGCUUCUUGGACAAAGCUAAAUCAUGGAGCAGGUCCAUAGAGGAUCUGCACCAUACGGGCAGCCAACCCUUCUGCAACACGCUGGUGCGCUCUGCCCGCCAGUCUGUCCUGCGCUACGGAACCGUCUCAAACAGCAAGACCCUGAAGAACUCACGGCUCGUGAGCCAAAAAGACGACGUGCACGUGUGCAUCAUGUGCUUGAGAGCAAUCAUGAACUAUCAGUAUGGCUUCAAUAUGGUCAUGUCUCACGCACAUGCUGUCAAUGAAAUAGCUCUCAGCUUGAACAAUAAGAACUCACGGACAAAAGCGCUGGUGCUCGAGCUCCUUGCUGCCGUCUGUCUUGUCCGAGGAGGUCAUGAAAUCAUCCUUUCAGCUUUUGACAACUUCAAAGAGGUUUGUAAAGAGAAGCAUCGCUUUGAGAGGCUGAUGGAUUACUUUCGCAGCGAGGACGGAAACAUCGACUUCAUGGUUGCGUGCAUGCAGUUUAUCAACAUCGUGGUCCACUCAGUCGAGGACAUGAACUUCAGAGUCCAUUUGCAGUUCGAAUUCACCAAGCUGGGACUGGACGACUUCCUGGAGAAAUCGAAGCACACGGAGAGCGACAAGCUAUCGGUGCAGAUCCAGGCCUACCUGGACAACGUCUUCGACGUGGGCGGCCUCCUGGAAGACGCAGAGACGAAAAACGCGGCGCUGGAGAAGGUGGAGGAGCUGGAGGAGCACCUGUCCCAUGUGACUGAGAAGCUGCUGGAGGUGGAGAAUGAAACCAUGAUGAAAGUCGCCGAUUUGGAGAAGAUUCUGCUCCAGAAAGACAAAGACCUGCAGGCGAUACGGGAGACGUACGAGUCGACCAGCACCCAGGUCAACACCCUGAGGAGGAUGAUCAAGGAGAAGGACGCGGCGUUCCAGAGGCAGGUCAACAUCGAGCGGCGGCUCCUGGAGCUGGAGCAGCAGGGCACCAUCCGUUUGCACAAGAAACCCGGCGGCGACAUCUCAAUCGAGCCGCUGGGCGUCGGCGGCGGGGGCAGCGGGAUCGGGAUCCCUCUGGGGAACGUUGGGCAGCUGAUCCUGGGUUCGACAGCUGGGCUGACAGAACCUGGAGGACUGGACCCCGGCUUACCGGCAGCAAGUGAAGCUCCACCGCCUCCUCCACCACCGCCGCCUCCUCCCCCUCCUCUGCCGUCUGUUUCAGAUGCACCAGUGCCACCACCACCCCCGCCUCCUCCACCUGCUCCUCCUCUGCCAGACGCUUCUCCCUGUGUCAUCCUAAACAUGGGUCUGUCAGCUAUCAGAAUCAAGAAGCCCAUUAAGACAAAGUUCCGGCUGCCCGUAUUUAACUGGACGGCCCUGAAGCCCAAUCAGAUCAACGGCACCGUCUUCAAUGAGAUCGAUGACGAGAGCGUGUUGGAGGAGCUGGAUCUGGAGAAGUUCGAGGAGCUGUUUAAGACCCGAGCCCAGGGUCCGGUUGUGGAUGUUUCCUGCACAAAGAGCAAAGUCGCUCAGAAGGCGGUGAACAAAGUCACUCUCCUCGACGCCAACCGGUCUAAAAACUUAGCCAUCACGCUGCGAAAAGCCAACAAGACCACAGAGGAGAUCUGCAAAGCAAUAGAGAAGUUUGACCUGAAGGCUCUGCCUGUGGACUUUGUGGAGUGCCUGAUGCGCUUCCUGCCCACCGAGGGCGAGGUGAAGGUCUUCCGUCAGUACGAGCGCGAGCGGCGUCCCCUGGAUCAGCUGGCGGAGGAGGACCGCUUCAUGCUGCUGUUCAGCAAGAUCGAGCGGCUCACCCAGAGGAUGAACAUCAUCACCUUCGUCGGGAACUUCGCAGACAGCAUCGGCAUGCUCACCCCGCAGCUCAACGCCAUAAUCGCUGCGUCCGGCUCGGUGAAAUCGUCGCCAAAGCUGAAGAGGAUGCUCGAGAUCAUCUUAGCUUUGGGAAACUACAUGAACAGCAGUAAACGAGGCAGCGUUUAUGGUUUUAAACUACAAAGUCUCGAUCUGCUGCUGGACACAAAGUCCACCGACAGGAAAAUGACUCUGCUCCACUACAUCGCUCUCAUUGUUAAGGAGAAGUACCCGGAACUGGCCAACUUCUACAAUGAGUUACACUUUGUGGAUAAAGCCGCGGCGGUGUCUCUGGAAAACGUGCUGCUGGACGUCCGAGAGCUGGGCAAAGGCAUGGAGCUGAUCCGACGGGAAUGCAGCCUCCACGAUCACCCGGUGCUGAAGGGCUUCGUCCAGGCCAGCGAUCCGCAGCUGGACAAGCUGCAGAGGGACGCCAAGGCAGCAGAGGAAGCCUUCAACAGUGUGGUGAGCUACUUCGGGGAGAGCGCCAAGACGACUCCGCCCUCCGUGUUCUUCCCUGUGUUCGUGCGCUUCAUCAAGGCCUACAAGGAUGCCGUGGAAGAAAACGAACUGAAGAAAAAGCAAGAGGAAGCGAUGAGAGAAAAGCUACUGGCUCAGGAGGCCAAACAGCACGACCCCAAGGUCCAGGCGCAAAAGAAGAGGCAUCAGCAGCAGGAGCUGAUCGCGGAGCUGCGAAAGCGGCAAGCCAAAGACCAUCGGCCGGUGUACGAGGGCAAGGACGGCACCAUCGAGGACAUCAUCACAGUACUGAAGAGCGUGCCCUUCACCGCCCGCACUGCUAAACGCGGCUCACGGUUCUUCUGUGAAGCCAACCUCUGCGACGACGCCAACUGCUAGCCCUCCCUCUCUCUAAUGCCAAGAUCUCCGAAACCAGCCCUUCCUGCGAGCUGACGCCUUGAUCCGGAGCGGUUGGAAGAGACCCUAAACCACUUACCUGCCGCUCCCCCUUCCCCUUUAUAACACUUCCCCCUGUAUCCCAGUGGUCCGUCUCCACCCCUGAGGUUGCAAUAAACACACAAACACACACACACACACACACAUUGCAAAGGGAGGAACGGGGCAGAGCUUUUCUUUUUGGCUAAAUAAUUUAUUUAUUUAUGGAGGUUCUCCUCUAAGAGCCACUAUCAGCGAGCUGGCACCAUUAAAGCACAAAGAGGAUGCCUCUCCUUUGACUCUCCCCGCUGUGCUGGCGCUGAGAGUCCGACGGGUCGCCAGGCGAGUGUGGCACAGGUGAGACCGGCCUUCGGUCCGUCUGGCGAACGCACUUCCUCGUUGCAGGACCGAGGCCGGGAGGCGGCGCGAAAGGGUUGCCAAAACGGCCCCGUCUGCCUCAGAGACACUUUGCAGGAGGAUCCUCCAACACGACACGUCACAACCAGACUCUAGUGGACUAUUUAUUCGAGUUCUGCCAAGUCUCUCCUGGACGCAGCCAAUCAGGACUCGAUACCGAGGAAUGUUUAUGCAGGUUGUAUUCAGGAGGAAGAUUUUUUUUUCCUGGUUCUUCUAGAUGAAGCUAGUCAAACCAAAACGUCUCAAAUCAUAUCUUUCUUAAGAAGUGCCUUUUUUUUUGUAAACAGUGUUAUUGUAAGUCAACAUAAUGUUGUUUCAUUUGUUUGAGAAUGUACUUUUUUUUUUACAGCAUUGUACUAUUACCUGCAGCCUUAUAAUACUGACAAUAUGUAAGCUGAAAAGCAGGCUUUAUCGACACAACACCUAGGAGGUAAUUUGUUAUUUACGUCUCUGUUAGGACGGUCUGACCUAAGUUAUGCCUUACAAGCGGUUGUAAAAAGUAAAAUAAUCGAAUGUUAUUGCAUGUAUCGUGACUAGACUUCCUGUCACACUUUGAGUGGCAUUUUGAAAGUGACUUAUCUAUCAGGUCUCCAAAUGUACACGUGUUGUGGAAGGUAUCUGCCCAAAAGGUGCAUCUCAAACAAUUAGAAUGUAACACACAGGAUUUAUUUCAAUAUGUCGGUUCAAAAUGUGAAAAUCCUAGAUUUGUGGCACACAGAACGAUAUAUUUCGUGUUUAUUUCUGUCUGAUUCGCUGAUUGUGAAUUACAGCUAAUGAAAGCUCUAAAAUCAGAAAAUAUGAAUGAUAAGGUCAAGAAAGAAAGAUUUUGUAAUGUAAUGAUGUCUGCUUACUAAAAAGUAUGGCCAAGUAUGUACAGUAUAUGACGUUAGGGGGCAUAUUUUGCUUAUUUCACUGCAUACAUGCAGCGUGGCAUGAGGAGAACCAGCCCAUGCCUCUGCUGAGCUUUUAAGGAAGCCCAGGCUGCUUUAAUCGUGUCCUUCAGCUCAUUGGCGAUGUUGGAGCUUCCUUUGAGUAAGACCUCUUGGCUUAAGUCAGGAGAGUUUGUAAAACUAGGUUUUUAAACCAGCUAUGUUCUUAAAAUCCCUGAGUAGAUGGCUGUGCAGAAUCUGGACUUGAUUAAACAACGAGGACCAACAGCGGCAGACGAUGGCUCCUGUAAUCAUCACUGACUGUGGACUCUGUGGCCUUGUAAACAGCUGCAUGUGGUGUCCCAUGAAACUCGUCUCCAGCUGUAUUCCUCUCCUUUUGGAUCUCCCCCUAAAUUAUUUUUAUUGCGCUUUGCUUCAGAAUCCUCUUGAAUGCAUCAGCUUCCCCUGACGCUCCUUUUUCCUUACACUCAACUUUCCAUUAAUAUGCUGGGAUUCAGCAGCCUGUGAACAGCUGGCUUCUUUAGCGAUGUAUUAUUAUGACUUACAUUUUGUAGUGGACAUCAGUGACUGUCUUUUAGGAAGCUUACAGGAAUUUUAUUAACUAAGCUACAACCAAAACCCAAAAAAAUUAAAAAAUAAAUGCAGGAACUGUAUCAGCCUGUGUGUGUUAAAUCCAUAGAAUGAGUUCAAAUUGAAUGAAAUUAUUCAAGUCUUUCAUAUUCUAAUUUAUUGAGAUGCACCUAUAUUUGUGUUUCUAAGCUUCCUUUUUAGUCAUUGCAAAUGAUUUGUCCUUACACUACAUACUUUGGCUUAAACUAGUAUGAGACACUAUUCUUUACAUGAAAGAGUUUUUUUUUUAUUAAUGUAAAUAAAAAAAAAAUUUAAAUCAAGAAAUGUGCUUUGCAGAGGAAAUGAUUUAUGGGAUCAUCGAGUGGCUGAAAGACGACACUUGCUGUUUAAUAAACACGUUGAAUAAAAACCUUAACCAGAGUCCAGGGUUGUGAAAAGAAGACCAUUUGGGGCCCUUUCUUUGACAAAGCAACAUU